AUCGAUCGGAACCCGGGUGCAACCCUGUUGAUCUGCCCCGUUGCAUAUCAUCAGGCGUGUUCAGAMGUUUCGAGGGAAUCCCAGUUUUCGGAUGAUGCACGAUACCGAGGUAAGGAUUCUCGUYAGGAUGAAGAAGGAUUAURAGCAAUCAGGAUUGGCGAGCAUUGCGAGGUGGCAAGCAGGCGGCAAGAUAGGGCGGGCAUAUAUGAUGCCCAAAGACAAGGACCUCCAGCGGUGGAGGCCCAUCUCUCCAAAUACAGGAGAUCCGUCCCGACUUGCAGCCUCUCGUGURGGAYGGGCCAUYAGGUAUAUGCUGCWCGGGGUAUCGAGGAAUGAGCAUUUGGACUUGGUUUCGAUGGAUGACGUGGGGAUACGCAGUAAGAAGAUUCAGAGAGAGUUGUGCCAGUUUGCAAACCUUAUGAUUGCCCGGAGUUACGACAUAAAAAAUAUGUUCUCUAGAUUAUCACAUGAGAGCGUGAGAGAAGCAGUGGAUUGGAUCGUGAAUCAUUUUCGGAGCAGAGGCAUCUUAGGGGUCCGUGUCAACUUUAUGGGGAAGMUGUGUACCAUGAUGAAGAAGGUGAGGAAGGAGGAAGGGUUUGCCACCCUGUCCUUUGACGUAAUUCGGAGAGAAGUGGAGUUUGAGUUGAGCAACUCAUUUGUAAGAUGCACGGGGAGUAUACUAAAGCAAGGAAUGGGCAUUCCCAUGGGAAGAAACUCCAGUCCUGCUGUAGCAUGCCUCGUCUGUGCUCGACCUGAAUCAAGGUUCGUAAAGAAUAUGUACCAGGAAGGGGUGUUGAUGAAGGAAAUGAGGAUGAUUGAUGACGUGGUAGUGUUGGCCGCUUUUUCCCGUACGCAGGUGGGAUCGUUCCGGAGGGCGAUCGGUGUGUUGGAUUUGUUUGAGUCGUGCUAUGACGAGAAUCUUAAAUUGAUUCGRAAGGACGAAGGUGGCAAUGCGUUUCACUUCYUUGGGAACCGGAUGAUCGUCGAGGUUGAUCCCGGGAUGGGGAGUGGGUUCCUGAUGAUGGGGGCGAAUCAGCAAGGACGGGUGUCAUGCUAUCUAUGCGGAAAAAUGAGACACUAUGCGCGUAACUGUUGGGCGAAUGGUAAUGGACGACCACAUCCGACGCAAGCACAAGUGCCGGUUGGAAUUGUGGUUGAGGAGGCGAAGGAAUUCAGAGAGUAUCUACGGGAGAAAAUUAAGAAAAAGAAACUGGACGAGGAAAAAAGGGAGAAGGAGGAGGAGGAAAGGAGAAGGAGGGAGGAGGAUAAUCGGAGGGAGCAGCAGAGGUUGAGGGAGGCCGAGGCGAGAGAGGCAAGACUAGAAGCCAGGUUAAUAAAGCUUCUUGCGCAGCACAAUAAGGCGAACGUACAUGGGAGUGCAUCGGGGACAAAAAAAUCCCCGAGGACCAAGGCGAGAGUGUUGCGAGAUAUAACAAGUUAUCUGCAAGAAUCUGAGGAUGAUAGCGAGGAAGUUAGGGAGGAGGCAGGGAGAUUGGUGGCCGCGAUCGAAAAGAGGAAGGGGAAGAGGAGGGGGGAUAAGGAAGAAGGAAGGUUUUCUAAGAUUCGGAUAGGGAGGAGGCCUAUUAGUGAGGUUUCGGUGAAGAUUGAGGAAGACGAGGAGGUUCGUACUCCUCCUCGGGAUGGAAAGGACGAUGAAGGGAAUGGGAUAUUGGAUUUCGCGAUGGAACUUCAUUGGCACCUAUCAGAGAAAAAGGUGCCUGAACUGCGCAAGCUAUAUAACCGUGAGGGGAUUGAGUGGUCGAAAAAAGAUACCGCUAUCGGCGAAUUGGUGAAAUGUAAGGCUAAGCUUGCGUACGGGGCACUAUUUGAGGAGAAGAAGUCACGUAACAAGAUCAAAAAUGUGGUGAGUCGGGUCUUGAAGAGGAAGUAUGGGGUAGAAAUACGGAAGAGACCAUGCGUUAAGGUGCCAUUCUCUCCGAAUAAGAAGAUGGGGGAGGUGAGGAUGUUAGCCCAUGAUGUCAUUAAGAUGGCUGGCAUGGAGACGCAACUUGCAAGCUUUGUGGCGAGACGGGUGAGGGUGGUGACAACUAAGAAGUCGUCGGUGGCUAUGCUGAUCCAUAAUCAAUGGAGGUAUGCCGAUUUGGAAAAAGUGCAGUGCACGUGUAUCCACAUACCACUUUCCAGAAGUAAUGGACAUGUGAAGGUGAGACUUGACGAGGUGAGGGGUAUGCCCAGGUUUGUAUGGAACUCUAGGAAUGUGUCAAGGAGCGAAGACUUGUCUCCGCUGAAGUUGGCAGGAUACAUCUCCGAGGGAGUGAGAGAAUGGGUGAAACAAGAAGGCGAUUUGUACGUUCUGGGACGGGUGAUGAGGUGCUUCAAGCAGGGAGGGGAAGUUGUGAUCGGAGGGAUGACUGAUAAUGAGGUGAGGCGAGGGAUUACUGAUAAAGAGGUGAGGCGAGCGAUGUCUGAUUACGCCAAUCUGGUUGCCGUGCCAAUCGAUCGGAACCCGGGUGCAACCCUGUUGAUCUGCCCCCUUGCGUAUCAUCAGGCGUGCGUUCAGACGUUUCGAGGGAAUCCCAGCUUUCGGAUGAUGCACGAUACCGAGGUGGGAUCGUUCCGGAGGGCGAUCGGUGUGUUGGAUUUGUUUGAGUCGUGCUAUGACGAGAAUCUUAAAUUGAUUCGGAAGGACGAAGGUGACAAUGCAUUUGACUUCCUUGGGAACCGGAUGAUCGUCGAGGUUGAUCCUGUUCAGAUUCACAUUUUCCCUCGUACUCGGAAUCAGCAAUCCUUGUCCGAUGGUGGGGGGUUGAAGGUGCAGUCGAUCCAGGACUUCGCCUCGUAUACAAAGAAGAGUACCAAGAAAGCUGCGAUUUUUGCCAAUCUUGUAAGGAUGAGUAGACAGUCCACGUCCGACGAAGCAUUGAAAGCGGCAAUCGUAGCUCUUAUGCUUGAAACUCGCCUCAGGGGGUACCCCCCGGAGGUCUCUCUUAGGGCCCUAGCAAAGUUUGGUAGGAUUUCUGGCGCAAAUGGCAGAAAUGCCAAAAAUGAUGUGGUGGUCAUGGAACAGACGAUUGAUGAGAACAUCCACCAAUUGGAAGAAGCUCUUAAAAAAGAGAAAACGCGCAAGGCAGAAAUGUUAAAGAAGAAAGAACAAGAUGAACAGCAAGCAAAACGAGAACAAGAAGUCAGACAGCAUGUGGUAACUGUGGAAGGGGAAGCACAAGUUGUGGCGCUGAUCCAACUGGUUGAGUACCUCGCUCAUUUGGAAACAAGACUUGACCAUUUUGAAACCAAGUUGGAAGAAUUGACCGUAGGAUUGAGGAAUGUGACUAACUUGGUCAAAGGAAAGGAAAAAGAGGUUCGGAAGGAACAACCUGAGAAGAAACUGAUGAGUGAUGCUAUGAAAGAUCUCAGGGUUGAAGUAAAGAAGGGGGAACCAUUUGGGCCGACGCCACCAUCAGGUCCCCCAUCCAGUCCUCACCCAUCAGGAGGAAAGAAAGACAAAGAAGAGAAACCUGAGAAGCCAAAGAAGAAGGAAAAAGUAAAGAUGGAAUUACCUUUCACGUUCAGUAAUAAGAAGGAUGAAAACUUAUUACUGUGGAUUGCAGAAAUACAGACCUACGUCGGGACGACCCCCGUGGAAGAAGAAUCACAGGUCGCCUUCUCCACGACGUGUCUCAGAGGGGAGGCCAAAGAUUGGGUCUUGGCCGAAGCUAACGCAACCGGAUUCGAUGAUAUUGGUAAGUAGGCCGGUACGAUGACCUUGAAAACAGUUCCUGGACUAGAUCCGGGAACGUUUCCUUGACAAGACAACGACCGAUAAGGCCUUCGAUCAA